UCCGUUGCGUGGUCAACUGUACCAAAACAGUAGCGGUGAGUGUGGUUACAUUGCCGCUUUCAUCCUCCGCUUUGGGACAUGGAGAGUUUUCUGCUAGAGGAAGAGCAUGAAGAACCCUAGAUACUUCCAGUGUUUCUGAUAAUGGCUCUGUUUUUAAGCGGGAUUGUUUUAUCCUCGUUAAUUACUCUGCGUUACAAAAACAGCUCGCUGCACGGUUAAAGUAAAAGCGCGUGAUAUUAAAAUAACACUGAUGAUGAUGAUGAAGAAGAAGAAGAUGAUGAUGAUGUGUUUAAUGGAAUAACAGACGUAAAUAACAGGUCCUGAAGGGAGUGGUCAGUUUGGGCAGUGUUAGUGAAACUAAUCAUGCCUUGACGUUGUUUAGGCAAAAUACGAUCCAGAUGCAUUAAGAGAUUGGCUUGUCAGUAACAAAAAUGCUAUGAUUAGUAGCUGGAUGCAGUAGAGGCUUAGAGCUUCAUUGGCAUGUGUAGGUGGGGUUGCCAUCAUCAUCCAAGGUUUUUUUUAAUGCAAAUAAUUAUAUUAUUAUAUAAUUUGUAUGUAAUUAGUAUUUAGAUCGUGUAGUCUGUAUGUACGAGUGUGUACACUCUAGAGUAAUAAUAGUAAAAGUAAAUAAUUAAAAAUAGGCAUUUGGCGUAAAUGCAAUCAACUUGGCAACAAGUAUGAUAAGAUAACUGCGUAUUAUUUUUUGGUACUUGCCCGUUUAUCUGAAUGCAAUGCAUUGAGAGCUUAGUCUGUUUAUUUAGCUCGAUCUGAUAGAUUAACAGGCUUAUGGGCCAGCUGAGGCAUUAUGAGUGAUCACUAUGAGAAGCCUAAAGUGCUUGAUCAGAUGGAGGCGCGCGCUGCGGAGGAUACCGGACACAUGCCGGUGUGUUCACCAGCAUCCGCGCCUCCUGCUCCAGAAAGCACUGGAACAUCCGAAAAAAGCUGCAGUAAAGUUAAGAGCAAACCAGGAACCCGGAUCGUGAAGCGAAACUCGGACCUGAUCGUGAACAAGCCCCGCGCGUGCGCUUCCGUCCAGGUGAAGGGCGCACGCCGGCACGCGCUCCCGGUUAAAGGUUCGGGGAAGGCUGAGACGAACGGCGGAGCCGCUGAAGAGAACACGGUCAAAGCCGUGAGAAAGGCGAGAUACGUCACGGUGGACACGUCCAAAGCCAAAACGUCUCUGGAGGCGCUCAAGCUCAGCAUCAGACAGCUCAAAUGGAAAGAGUUUCCAGUGGGCAGACGGGCAGCAUGUGAUAUUUACUGGCAUGGCGUCUCUUUCCAUGAUAACGAGAAUAUUGUUUCAGGGCAGGUCAACAAGUUCCCAGGAAUGAUAGAGAUGUUGCGCAAGAUCAACUUAAGCCGUGCGGUUCGCACCAUGCAGCAGCUUUUCCCGGAGGAGUACAACUUCUACCCUCGCUCGUGGAUCCUACCUGAGGAGUAUCAGCUGUUCUCCACUCAGAUUCGUCUACUGAAGGACAGCGACUCCAGCCUCAAACCCACGUUCAUUGUCAAACCUGACUCCGGUUCCCAAGGCGACGGCAUCUACCUCAUCCGCGACCCUGCUGACCUCCGGGCCAUCUCAGGAUCACAAGUCAAGCAGGCAGUGGUUCAAGAGUACAUUCAGAAACCACUCCUCAUCGACAAGCUCAAGUUUGACAUUCGCCUUUAUGUUCUCGUUCGUUCUCUGGAUCCUUUAGAAAUCUAUAUUGCCAAAGAAGGCCUUUCCAGAUUUUGCACCGAACCCUACCAGGAGCCAAGUCAGAAAAACCUCAAUCAUGUGUUCAUGCAUUUAACGAACUACUCGCUGAACAUUCACAGCGGGAAUUUCGUGCACUCGGACAGCUGCAACACAGGAAGCAAGCGCACGUUUUCCAGUGUCCUUUAUCGUCUCGCCUCCAAAGGAGUGGACAUUAAGAAGGUUUGGUCAGAUAUCAUAGCGUUGGUUAUCAAGACAGUUAUUGCACUUGUUCCCGAAUUGAAGGUCUAUUACCAAGCUGAUAUACCACCAGGCAAACCAGGACCUACUUGUUUCCAGAUCCUGGGCUUUGACAUCCUGUUGAUGAAGAACUUGAAGCCUGUUCUGCUGGAAGUCAAUGCCAAUCCGAGCAUGAGGAUUGAACAUGAACAGGAAGUGUCACCUGGUGUUUUUGAGUACGUACCUAGUCCAGUAGACGAGGAAGUCAAAGUAGGUGUCAUUAGAGAUACACUGCGCCUUAUGGAUCCGGCCCAGAGGAAGCUAUCCACCAGAUCGAACGUCCUGGGCAGAACUCCAGACGAAACCAUCGUCAUGGAAGCCGGAUCAGAUGAGAAGGCAGAGCUCGUCGAGACACUUCCCUCUCUGUGUCUAAAACAAGUCUUCCCCAAGUACAUGAAGCAGUUCAAUUACCUGCGAAUAUUAGAACGAAUAGCAGACAUUUUCUUGCGCUUCCUCGGGGUCAAAGGAACCAUGAAGCUUGGCCCGACCAGCUUCCGCACUUUCAUCAGGAACUGCAAGCUGAGUAACAGCAGUUUCACCAUGGCGUCAGUGGACAUCCUGUACAUCGACAUCACUCGCCGCUGGGCUGGUGCGCUGUCUGACUCCAGAGAGGCUGGAAUGGGAUUGCAGGCUUUCGUGGAGGCAUUUUUCUUCUUGGCCUCACGCAGGAUUAAGGCAACGUCGCUGAGGGAACAAGUGCUCUCACUGCUGGAGUUGUGCGAGGCCACUCUCGAGGGGGAGGGACACGAUGAGAAGCCACGCCCACCCAAAUCUCAGCCCGGUCUCAAUUCUGCUCACGGUCCAAGCUCGCUCAACUCCCCUGCUGCUACUCGCCGUCUUCAGACUCUGCAGCCUUCUGGGAAAGGGAACGUGGAGACCUGGGAGACUGAAGCACGCAGCACUUCUUAAAACAGGAAGCAAUAUUGAAGGCAAAAUGAACAGCUGUCUCAUCUGAAGAAGUUUUUUAAAAGAGGUUAUGCAUGGCAUCAUAUAAAAGUCCUAGAGGCAUUAUAAAAUAUAUGAUACAAAAUCAUAUAAUAUAUAUGACACAUAUAUAUAUGAGUAUCUUGUUGCCUAUGUGUGUUUGAAUUUAACACACACACACACACACACACACACACACAAGUGAAAACUCCUUAUCCUUAUUUGUUGUGUGCUUUUGAUGCCAGGUUUCGUCACUCGUGUGUAUUCUGAGAAUGCAAAUUGAGCAGAAGAGUUUGUUAAAGCUAGAGGAGGUAAAAAGCCACAGAAUCAGGGACGAGCAGACUCCACACGCUUAAAUCUUAAAGGGAUUCGUACCACUGACUUCUCACUUCUGACAAGCAGCUAACUACGACAUGGCCGACGGCUAAUCCGAAACAGCGGCCUUAUAACGAAAUAAUGGCGCUAACGCCAUGUUAUGGCACUGAGUGCACUGAACGUUUACUUCAGCUACUGUAUUUAUAUCGACAGAGUAUUUUAUGCGAGUGCUUCACUGUAGUAUGAUUAAAAUCCGUCACACAUCCGAGGAUGUUUUACUAAUAAUAUUAUCAUCAUAACAAUUAUAGAAUGUUUUAAUCCAUAUUAGACAAUUGCACUUAUAUAUUUAACUUAAAUGAUGUUUGUUUUGGAUGGUCAUGUUGAAUAAAACGUGGACUCCAGAAUGAAAUGAUUUGUUUGUACUUGCUUCUCAAUUAUUGGCCAAUUAUAUAACAGCAGCACAAUGCAUAAUAAUAAUGCAGAUACAGGUCAAAAACAUUAGAUUCUGGAGAUUCAUGGAAUGGACUUGUUUGUCCAGCACAUCCCACAGACACUCGAUUGGCUUGAGAUCUGG